AUGGUCAACUACGCUGACUAUUUGGCUCACUUUAAUUACACCGUUGAGUUCAAACCAACAAAGUCAAACGUUAAUGUUGAUUUUUUAUCUCGAUUGCCUCCUGCUUCUACAAAAAAUAACGUGAAAUCAAUGUCUGCUCACGUGGAGGAGGAAAUGGUGGAGCUGAAUGAGUUUCACCAAUUUAUGGUAAACCAUCUUUCCCAACUCCCAGUGAGGGCUGAGCAGAUUGCUAAAGAGACAAAAAAGGACCAGCACCUAGGAAAAAUAGCGCAGCUGCCAACUAGUGGUCAGGACCUUAGUUGCCAUGGUUAUAAGACGCCAAAGAGCAACUACACUCUCUCAGCUGAUUGCCUGCUACUGGAGCACAGAGUGGUUAUCCCAUUUACUCUUCGAAAAACUAUCCUGGAAGACCUGCAUGCAGCCCUCAUCGGAAUAGUGAAAAUGAAAGGCCUGGCCCGGUCGUUCGUUUACUGGCCUGGCAUCGACGCCGGCAUUAAAGGCAUUGCUAAGGCAUGUACCGUGUGUGCUGGAUGUGCACGUGCUCCAACGAAAUUUCGAGAGCACCAUUGGGAUUAUCCCAAGGGCCCGUGGGAACGUAUACACAUCGAUUAUGCUGGGCCUAUCGCUGAAAAGAUGUUGCUGAUCAUCGUGGAUGUCUACCGCAAAUGA